AUGAUAUCCGUCCACGAAGCCCAGUUCUAUCUUGACUCCUGUGCCAACCAGGAGCUUCGCGACUUUAUCAGCCGUUUCACCGGCUGGGAGAAGCCUCACCUGCUUCAGCGCACUAUGUUGCGAGCAUUCGUUCCAGACAGCGAGCUCACACCGGUACACUUUGACCAGAUUUAUCUCCGCGCUGGCCCACCUACCAGUCUGACAGCGUGGGUACCCACCCGCGAUGUCUCUCUGGAAGGAGGCGGCCUGAUGUACCUUGAGGGUUCCAUUGAUAUUGGACAGCAGACUGAGACAGAGUUUGCACGCAACGCCCACAACCUGACUGAUGAAGAACGUGCAAGAAUAUGA